UAUUUAGUGGAGGCGGAAGUUCCGGCUAGUCGUAUAAACUGAGGCCUCCUCCCCAUGUGGUUUGAGUAGCAUUUUUCGGAGGUUGAAUUGUAAUAUCACUGUAAGACAGAAUGGCUGAGAAUGACGUUGACAAUGAGCUGCUGGACUAUGAAGAGGAUGAGGAGCCUCAGGGAGCCCCAGAGACCGCUGCCCCAGCAGGCAAGAAGGAGGUGAAGGGCUCCUAUGUCUCCAUCCACAGCUCUGGCUUCAGAGACUUCCUGCUCAAACCAGAGCUGCUCCGUGCCAUCGUAGACUGUGGCUUUGAACAUCCAUCUGAAGUUCAACAUGAAUGCAUUCCUCAGGCCAUCCUGGGCAUGGACAUCCUGUGCCAGGCCAAGUCUGGUAUGGGCAAGACGGCAGUGUUCGUUCUUGCCACACUACAGCAGAUCGAGCCCGUGGAUGGACAGGUGUCAGUUCUAGUAAUGUGCCACACACGAGAGCUGGCCUUCCAGAUCAGCAAAGAGUACGAGCGCUUCUCCAAGUACAUGCCCACAGUCAAGGCAGCCGUGUUCUUCGGAGGCCUGUCCAUCAAGAAGGACGAGGACGUGCUGAAGAAGAACUGCCCUCACAUCGUGGUGGGAACCCCUGGCCGAAUCCUGGCCCUCAUCCGCAACAAGACCCUCAACCUAAAGAACGUCAAGCACUUCGUCCUGGAUGAGUGUGACAAGAUGCUGGAGCAGUUGGACAUGAGGCGUGACGUACAGGACAUCUUCAGGCUCACACCCCAUGAGAAGCAGUGCAUGAUGUUCAGUGCCACCCUCAGCAAGGAGAUUCGACCUGUCUGCCGCAAGUUCAUGCAGGAUCCCAUGGAGGUGUUUGUAGAUGAUGAGACCAAGCUGACUCUGCAUGGUCUGCAGCAAUACUACUGCAAGCUGAAGGACAGCGAGAAGAACCGCAAGCUCUUUGACCUGCUUGAUGUGCUGGAGUUCAACCAGGUGGUGAUCUUUGUCAAGUCAGUGCAGCGCUGUGUGGCGCUAUCUCAGCUACUGGUGGAGCAGAACUUCCCUGCCAUUGCCAUCCACAGGGGCAUGGCUCAGGAGGAGAGGCUGUCCCGCUACCAGCAGUUCAAGGACUUCCAAAGGCGGAUCCUGGUGGCCACCAACCUGUUUGGCCGAGGGAUGGAUAUCGAGCGGGUCAAUAUUGUCUUCAAUUACGACAUGCCUGAGGACUCAGACACCUACUUACACAGGGUGGCCCGUGCUGGCCGGUUUGGAACCAAGGGUCUGGCCGUGACCUUUGUGUCAGACGAGACAGACGCCAAGACUUUGAAUGACGUGCAGGACCGCUUCGAGGUCAAUGUGGCCGAGCUGCCAGAAGAGAUCGACAUCUCCACUUACAUUGAGCAGUCCAGAUGAGUCCUCCAUCCCAGAAGAAAUGUCCCCUACCCCUGAAUCGGUGUCCUUGUUUGGAUGAAAAAACCCUCCUUGCUGUUUUAUUUUAAAGCUCUGUUCCUUGACUAUGUUCACCAAAUGUUUUUUAUUUUAAUGUAUCUCAUUGGGGGUUGUCCAGUUUUUUUUAUUGUCUUAUUGUGGUUUGCUUUUGGUCAAUGAAAUUAAAACUUUUUAUAAAACUCCA